AUGAGGGGUAUCUCACUGUUAACCGGUGGAUCUCUGAUAGUUUCUUUCGGUUGUUCACUUUUUCUUUAUUGGUUCCUGUCCUCAAAAUAUAUAUUCUGUCACCGGUGGAUUCGAAUCAACCGUUGUGUUUCCAUGUCCGGCGAUUUCGCCGAGAGUUUUCUGGUCUUGUUGGCCAUGGGUUUGUUCAUACUAACACAAUAUGUUAGUUAUACGAUUGUUCCCGCGCGUCAGUAUGUUCUUCCCUGGGCGUACCAAAGACUAACACAAAUCUCUUCGGAUUUGAUAUGUAAUCACCGACCGGCAUGUAAAUCACCAUGGAAGCAAUAUGUUGAAGAGGAGUUGGAGGCCAAUAUAAGGAGCAUUAGAAGAUGGUUUAUACUAUAUCAACAAAAAUGGGUUUCAAGUGCAACCAAGAUCAAUGACAUCUCUUUUUACAUGAGAGUUUCGACAAAUUAGAAGGUUUUGUGAUGUAACAGAUGGAUCACUACAUAUGAUUUUCGAAUGCAUUAUCAGUAUUUUAUCAGUAAAAAGAAGAUGAAUCUCAAGCAAGAAAGUCACACUAAAUUGCCAGAAAAGACGAAUACGAUUAAGUUUUUGACUAGGAAUGCGGAGCGUAAUUUGCUUUACGUUUCUUCGUUACACAAUUCAUUGGUUGUAUCUGUAAUAUAA